GGACAACCAUUUCUGUCUCUGGCUGGAGAUAGGACCGGGAACCACUGAGAACAAGCUGCAGCAACAUUUGGGAAGAGUAGAUGAUGAGUAGAAGCACCAUGGCGACUUCCUCAGCUCAGAACGUCGAAUUUGUGAGAACGGGAUAUGGCAAGAACAUGGUCAAAGUGCUGUACAUCCGAAGGAAGGGCGCCCACCACUCUAUCGUGGAACUGAGGGCCGAUGUGGAACUCACACUGAACUCCCGUAAGGACUACACGACAGGAGACAACGCAGACAUCAUCCCCACGGACACCAUCAAGAACACAGUACACGGGCUGGCUAAAAUCAAAGGGGUUGAGACCAUUGAGCAGUUCUCCCUGGACCUCUGCCACCAUUUCCUGACCGCCUUCACCCACGUGGUGAGGGCCAGCGUGUACAUGGAGGAGGCCCCCUGGAAGAGGCUGGAGAAGAAUGGAGUUGAGCAUUCACACGCAUUUAUCCUCAGUCCGGAAACGUCCCGUUUCUGUGACGUUAAACAAAAUCUAAACGAUAUUCCAGUGGUCCACAGCGGGUUGAAGGACAUGAAAGUGUUGAAGACCACCCAGUCGGGCUUCGAAGGUUUUCACAAAGAUCGUUUCACCACCCUCCCUGAAGCCAAGGACAGGUGCUUCUGCACCUCAGUCUACGCCAGGUGGCGCUACAACAAGGUGGCCAGUGUCAACUUCGACGGAGCAUGGAAAUCUGUAAAGGAGACUAUAAUCGAGAAGUUUGCUGGCCCAUAUGAUCAGGGAGAAUAUUCCCCCUCGGUGCAGAAGACCCUAUAUGACUCACAGUGUUUGAUCCUGCAAAGACUUCCAGAGGUGGAGGAAAUAGAGAUCGUCAUGCCCAACCAGCAUUACAUUACCAUUGAUAUGACCAAAAUUGGUCUUGUAAACAAGGACGAAGUGCUUCUGGCCUUGGACAACCCUUCUGGUAACAUAGCGGGGACUUUGAAAAGAAAACCAUCUGCAAAACUGUGAGGAAGAGGACAAUUAAUUCCGCUCUACCACAUGAAUAACCAUAUUUCAAUUAAAAUUAAAAAAAUGACAAAAAAAUUAAAUCUGUUGUUCUUUGGGUGAGAA